GCCAGUGACCUCUCUCUUCCACCAAAGUCAUCUAAUAACGUAUUUAUGAACAGCGCUCAAUUUCAAAGUCUUUUUCACAACCUUAUGUGUAGCCAGUGUAAAAAGCAAGUAACUGUAAAUCUUAGUGACACUUUCAUUGAUUCCGAGUGCUCUAUAAGUUGUUCCUGUGGCUCUAAUAGGAAAACUGUUGCGUCAUCUGUGAAGCAGGAUGGAAAGACUUUUACAAGGAGCAACUUGGCCAUUGUAGAGUACAGCCUCACAAAAAACUUAGGAUAUCGAGGCCUUCAGGUGUUAUCAGGAGUGUUAGCUCGGCCUGUGAUGCACGCCAGUGCUUAUGAACAGCAUGCUCGGUUCUUGUACACCCAAAUGAAUAAUGUCUUUCCGGAGCAGAUGAGUAACACCUUCACUGCCGUGAAAAAGCAUUAUAAACAAUAUGGGCGUGAGGAGAGAGAGGACGGUGUGGUGGACGUGGAUGUCACUUUCGACGGCACAUGGAUGACACGAGGGCACCGUAGCCACAUCGGCAUUGCCUUUGUGUUGGAAGCAGACACGAGGCAGGUCCUAGAUUUCGAAGUGCUUUGCAACCACUGCAUUCCCUGUUCCAAGGAAAGGACGUCCCACCGAGACACCUUCCAGGAGUGGUUUCAAACCCACAAGUCGAGGUGUCACAAAAACUUCGAGGGCAAGGCGGGGGAGAUGGAGGCUGAGGCUGCUCGGAGGCUGUGGCAGAGGUCGGAAACGCUGGGCUUCCGUUACAUCACCUUCGUCGGGGAUGGCGACAGCAGCGCGUACAAGGCGGUGUGCGCCCUGAACGACGGCACUGGGCCCUACAGUUGCAGAGUUGUGAAGGAGGAGUGCAUCAAUCACGUGGGUAAGCGACUUGGCACUCGCUUGAUGAAACUCAAGGAGACUGCGGUCAUGACCACCACAAAAACAGGGAAGGCGAGACGCUUGAGUGUGCUCGGUGGUGCCAAGAAACUUACAGACCACGUGAUUGAUAAACUCUCCUUCUACUACAACUCUGCAAUUAGGAGGACUGCCCGUACAACCGUGGAGGAGAUGAAGCAGGCCAUCUGGCAGUCCUUCUUCCACCUGUCUGCCAAGGAGGACCAGCACCAUGCUCUCUGCCCUCGCGGGGCACAGUCUUGGUGCUUUGUGAAGAGGGCAGAGGCUGAGGGGAAACAGCCUGAGUCACACAGCACCAAGUCUUUGUACCUCGCCAGCCUCCCACACGAGCAACUGGAGCUCGUGAAGGGAGUGUACAGAGACCUGGCGAGUCCAACCCUCCUCCAGAAGUGUCUGUCAGGCCGUACUCAAAACCCAAAUGAGAGUCUUCACUCAAAGGUCUGGAGGAAGGCUUCAAAAGACAAGAAUGCUGGCCUGCACAGGAUUCGUUUUGUGACCCAGGUGACAAUCUGGGAGCACAACUUUGGGUACCAGUCUUAUAAUUUGUUGCAGAAGCUUGGCCUGGAGAUAUCAAGAACCACCAGAGUUGUCCAGGAAGCACUAGACAAGCAAAGGAAGCGACACCAAACACCAAGAGGGAAAAAGAGAGCACCUGCCCCACAAGAUAACGAGGAAAAGUCGCUUCCUGGGAGGAAGAGAAGGAAGGUGGAAGAAACUCCAGCGUACCAGGCAGGAGCACACUAGAUGGUCCCAUCCUCCAACACACUCAA